CGGGGAGGAGCUAGAGACGCAGCCGGAGUCACGCUCGCUCGUCCCCACCGCCGGCCUCUCCUUAGCUCCCGAGUAGGCGCUCGAGGGAAGGGAAGCUUCUCAAGCCGCAGCGUUGAGGAGGAAUAAGUGGUGAAUUGUACAGCCUUUCAAAAGACUUCCAAGUAAAUUCAGGCCUGCCUCGAUCGAGCAUCGGAACAGAUGGAUAAUGGAGACUGGGGAUAUAUAAUGACUGAUCCAGUCACUCUAAAUGUGGGUGGACACCUGUACACGACGUCACUGACUACUCUCACGAGAUAUCCGGAUUCAAUGCUGGGGGCCAUGUUCCGGGGUGAUUUCCCUACAGCCAGAGACUCUCAAGGCAAUUACUUCAUCGACCGGGAUGGGCCGCUGUUCCGGUAUGUUCUUAACUUUUUACGGACAUCAGAGCUGACUCUGCCACUGGACUUCAAAGAGUUUGACCUGCUUCGGAAAGAAGCAGAUUUUUAUCAGAUUGAACCCUUAAUCCAAUGUCUUAAUGACCCCAAACCUUUGUAUCCUGUGGAUACGUUCGAGGAGGUGGUGGAGCUGUCCAGCACACGCAAGCUCUCAAAAUACUCCAACCCAGUGGCAGUGAUCAUAACCCAGCUGACCAUUACGACCAAAGUCCAUUCAUUGCUGGAAGGCAUUUCCAACCAUUUUACGAAGUGGAAUAAGCACAUGAUGGACACGAGAGACUGUCAGGUUUCUUUUACUUUUGGGCCAUGCGAUUACCACCAGGAAGUCUCACUCAGAGUUCAUCUGAUGGAGUACAUCACAAAGCAAGGCUUCACUAUCCGAAAUACGAGGGUUCACCACAUGAGUGAGCGUGCCAAUGAAAAUACAGUUGAACACAACUGGACUUUCUGCAGACUGGCACGGAAAACGGAUGACUGAUUUCCUUACCCCACCUCCCCUUCUUCCCCUCCCCUUUAUUCUCCAGAAACUAGCAGCUCCUCAGAGCAGUGGGUUCAGUUCAGUGGUUCCCUUCUGGUUACUGAAAGAUUUUAAGUUGGAGAAAGGACUGCUUCUCUUAGAAGUUGUAUUCGAUCCAGAGCAAGGAUUUACAGAUCUUUCUGGAUUUCCUCACUGCCCCAGCAGUCAUUUCCAGCCCUGGGAAUAAUUGUUCCUGGAGUCACAGGACCUGUAGGGCAAUAGCCACAUGGGUCGAGAGGCUGCAGUCAGGAAGGGGUGAAAUCACUCCCUGCUUCCUCUUCCAUUUGCUCUGCUCAUCAGAGAAGCAGGAGGGAGUGAUUUUGUCUUUUUCUCCCCUCCUGACCCAUGAGGCUAUAGCUUCAUAUGGGUUAUGCAACCCUGUGAAUAAACUUUCCCAGAGAUGAAAUCGACUGGGGGCGGGGAGCCUGGAAGAUUGGCAAGCAUCAGCACCUUCUGCUGACCGAUCACAAGAUCCAACCCAAUGAGUGCAACCCAAUGUGCUGGUGAUGGGAGUCGGCUUUGUCUUAAGCUCCAGUGCAGCACGCUGGACGCUCCCCUUUUUUUUUGUUAUAAAUAUUUAUUACUGACUCUUACGGACUGGAGAACUGACACGCUCUGGCCUGACUUGUCUUUUGUCAACGUAUGCAUGUGCCUGCUUGAACUGUCAAGACACUUUGUUACAAAGGAGGAAACAUCGCAGAAUAACUCCAGUAGGAUACCAUUUAUUUUGUGUUGUCCACACAAUACAGUGUAAAGUGCUAAAAACAAAAACAAAAAACACUCCUGUUUUAAACUAUGUUUAAUUCAUCUCAUGCUAUUAAAAAACCACUGGGAGCAAACCAGAGGGCCCCGAUCCUCUGGGAAAGUCUCCUGUGCAAGCUGUGUUGAUAUGAAUGGGAAUGAUGGAGGAGGCCCUUGUGAAUGAAAAGUUCCUUCUGGACCAUCCCCGGAAUGUUAAAAGUUCAGUGAAGAGGAAGGAGCUACCAUCAUGUAAUCUAAUCUAGUUUUCCUAAGCAAGCAGUAUUAUAAUUUAGUGACCAACAAACCUCUGCCCCUAUUUUUUUUCCAAGUGCAGCAUUAUAAAGUUACAACAACUUUUCCCCCCUAUGCAUUAUAAAUCAAGCAACCAAAUAUAACGUGCAGCUACAAAAAAAAAAUGUAGACGUAUUUAUACUGGAUUCUGAAUGCAAAAAAGAUAUCCCUCUGGUAGAACUCUUUUUAUUUUUUAAUGCCUGGUGCAAUAUUAUUCCCAAGUGUAAUGCUUGCCACCAAGAAGCUAAUAAAAAACAUGAAAUAUGGAAA